AUCAUGGGUUUGAUCUGUCAUAGGUUGAGGUGUAUGGGACCUUUUCUUUGAAAGGAUUUCUUUAAAUGAUCCUCCACCCAAUGAUGGGUAUAGUAUACUUAGGCACCCUUUUUCUACAAGUGGGUCCCACCCGUGAUCAAGACAAUCGAUCCAAACCGGUUGGACAAAGUCCCCAAAAUCUUCUAGAGCCAAGGAUCCUAGCCAUCCAAACUUUAGCAUUUUCUCUUUUGAAUGUGGACAGUUUCUAUGCUAUUUUAAUCAUCCAUUCCACAAGACGGAGGUCAAAGCGUAUGAUUGACCGGCAUGGUCCAUCAGAAGUAGGGUCAAUCAAUCUAAUGGCCUGGAUGCUACAAUAAACUCAAGACCCAACAACACUAGCUAUCUAUAUCCUCAGCCAAAGGAUUAUAUAAUUUCUCUACUCUACAUGUGAAAACACACCCAUCAACAUAGAGGAAAUGGAGGAGUGAAAAAAUAACGAGUAAAAAAAAAAGAAAAAAAAAAGCGAAGGGCGGUAGCCAAACAUAGAUGUUGAAUCUAAUAAAGAAAGGGAACAAAAUCCAAAUAAAAGCACCUCUCAUCAACCACCAUAUUAGAUAUAGAUUUUAUAGAGAUUGGGAUAAAGAAAAGAAAGCCAUUAAUGAAUGACAAAAGUAUAACAGCUGUCUCUGGAGAUAAAAACUCCUUUUUUUUUUUUGUAAAGGAGUCUGCUUACACCAUAGACCCAAGACCCAAUCAUUGGUAUCUUUUGAGAUUGGAUCAUCUUAUAAAUAUUGGGGCUUUGUAGAGGUUCUUUGCUUCAGCAGCUCUCUUCAGCUAUUUUUUAUUUUCUUCUCAUCUCAUCUUUCAAGAGAAACUGCUGCUUUUGUGCAGUUGGUCUUUCUGUUGUGAGAGAAAGGAAGAAAUGGCUGUAGAGAUUGUUGAGAAAUCUAGUGUUGUUGAGCUGUCUGGGAUUGCAGAUUCUGAUACACAUGGAGAAGACUCUCCUUACUUUGCUGGAUGGAAGGCUUAUGAUGAAGACCCUUAUGAUGCUUUGAAGAACCCUUCAGGAGUUAUACAGAUGGGAUUGGCUGAAAAUCAAGUUUCAUUUGAUUUACUAGAAGAGUAUUUGGAAAAGCAUCCAGAAGCUUCUGGUUGGGGGAGUGGCCUCUCUACCUUUAGAGACAAUGCCUUGUUUCAAGAUUACCAUGGACUCAAAGCAUUUAGACAGGCAAUGGCAAGUUUCAUGGAGCAAAUAAGAGGAGGAAGAGCGAAAUUUGAUCCUGAUAGGAUCGUUCUAACUGCCGGUGCAACUGCAGCAAACGAGCUAUUAACCUUCAUAUUAGCUGACCCUGGGGAAGCUUUGCUUGUUCCAACUCCAUACUACCCAGGUUUUGAUAGAGAUCUACGCUGGAGAACUGGUGUCAAGAUCGUCCCUGUCCAUUGCAACAGCAAGAACAAUUUCCAAAUCACUCCUGAAGCCUUGGAAAAUGCUUAUGCCAAAGCCAAGUCCAUGAACAUAAAGAUCAGAGGACUUCUGAUUACAAACCCGUCGAACCCAUUAGGCGCAGCGAUUGAGCAUUCAGUACUCGAAGAGAUUCUCAAUUUUGUUUCGAGAAAAGACAUCCAUCUGAUAUCAGAUGAAAUCUACUCGGGCUCGGUCUUCUCAUCAGCCGAGUUCACGAGUGUGGCGGAGAUACUCGCUGCCCGGGACUACAAAGAUUCAGAGAGAGUUCAUAUUGUUUAUAGCCUCUCUAAAGAUCUUGGGCUCCCUGGAUUUAGGGUUGGGACUAUAUAUUCAUAUAACAAUAAGGUUGUGACAACUGCAAGAAGGAUGUCUAGCUUCAGCUUAGUAUCUUCCCAAACACAGUAUCUCUUGGCUUCAAUGCUCUCAGAUGUUGAGUUCACAAAAAAGUAUAUUGAAACUAAUAGAGAGAGGCUGAGGAAGAGAUAUGCAUCCACCAUUGAAGGUUUGAGGAAUGCUGGGAUUGAGUGCUUGAAAGGGAAUGCUGGGCUUUUUUGCUGGAUGAAUUUGAGCCCUUUGUUAGAAACCCCCACAAGAGAAGGAGAGCUAAAGCUGUGGAAUUCAAUGCUGCAUGAAGUGAAGCUGAACAUAUCUCCAGGCUCUUCAUGCCACUGUUCUGAGCCUGGUUGGUUUAGGGUCUGUUUCGCUAACAUGAGCCAGGAGACACUUGGGAUUGCACAGAAAAGAAUACAAGAUUUCAUGGACAAGAGAAACAAAAAGAGAAAUCUAUCUUCUCAGUAGUUUUUCUUCUUCUUCUUCUUC